GGUCAAACUGUGUUCGUCGGCACUCGGGAGCUCGGCAUUGCUCUCACCCUCUCAGAGUGGUCCGUCCGUUGGCGUUCUGAGCAGUUAUAAAUUUGUCCGUUGUUGUUAAGAAGUUUUGAAUUUCGACCAUAAUGAGGGAAAUCGUAUACAUGCAGGCAGGCCGGUGUGGAAAUCAAAUUGGUGCUAAGUUCUGGGAGGUGAUAAGUGACGAACAUGGCAUCGACCCGACCGGGACAUAUCACGGAGACAGUGACCUGCAGCUGGAACGAAUCAACGUCUAUUACAACGAGGCAGCAGGCGGGAAGUAUGUCCCUCGUGCAGUGCUGGUGGACUUGGAGCAAGGCACAAUGGACUCCGUGAGAUCUGGUCCCUUUGGACAAGUCUUUCGACCGGACAGCUUUGUCUUUGGGGCGAAUUUUAAAUGCGAUCAUAAGAUGUGUGUUUUAAAUUGGGUUGAUGAAAUUGCAUUGCUGUGAAUAAGCAUCUAGAGUCAGCCUUAUUUUAAAGU